AUGCAAGCAGCAGCACAACGAGGUGGCGGCCUUGUUCUACUCCAGGAACACCUUCUCAAGACUUCGAUAGAAGAUCCUCAAUAUCCAUCUAUCGAAUCAGCAAUCGACAGUCACACGCUGCAUGAUCCCCUCAACAUCUCAGAUGGCAUCUUCUUCCCAGCCCCUCGAUACCACACAUACCUCACCCACCUAGUCAUCCGGCUCGAUAUGACAAUCGCACAUUUCGACCUCUCGUCAUGCUCAACAAUACCAGCCUUCACAACACCCGGGCUCGAAACCGGCCUCACGCGAGUUGAGAUGGAAGCAAUGCACCACGCCCUCCAACACAAAGUGCGGUCGAUUAUGGCCCGGGAGGGCUGGGAGGGCUGGGAGGUGGAGCGGAAAGCUCGUCAUACCCUCACGAACAAGCUGGACCAAGACGCAGGUGUACGAAAUAGAGUUCACGAUGGUAUAGGCAGUGGUUGUUGUUGGGCGGAAGAUGCGGAAGUCAAGGCGCUAGCAGAAUGCGAUGUGAGGUAUGAGGCUCUGCUGGCUGCGUCACGUCCGUGCGAGGAUGACAGUUAG